AUGAGUGGCCCUGGGGCUGGUUUCGAGCACAAGCCUAAAGAUGUGACCUGGAACAAGCGGGACUCUCUCUUGUUUGCCUUGAGCAUUGGGGCUGAUAUCGAUGAGCUUCAUUUUGUGUUUGAGAAUGCCCCGAACUUCCAAGCAUUUCCGACUUACGCCAACAUUCUUCCAAUCAAAGGAACAUCCCAAGAUGUCAUCGAUUUCGGCAAGUCGGUCAUCUCUGAGCGAAUCCCUGGAGUGCCAGAGUUGAAGCCAAACCGCAUCAUCGACGCUCAUCGAGCAAUGACAUGGUACAAGGCUUUGCCAGCCAGUUCUGAAGGAAGGUCUUUCGAACUUCAGACCAAAGUCAUUGGCGUCUAUGACAAAGGCAAGGCUGGGACUGUUCUGGAGCAGGAGACCGUGCUCAGGGAGAAGGCAAGCAAAGAGCCGUAUGUGAAGCUUGUGGGCAGUACUUUCUUCAUUGGGCAGGGCAAUUGGGGAGGACCGAAAGGCAAUCCAGCCAGCUUCCCUCCGCCCAAGGACAAAAAGCCAGAUGGCGUUGAGACACACCAGACCACCACUCAGACUCCUUUGAUCUAUCGUCUCAACGGCGACUACAACCCCCUCCACGUCACCGCAGACCAAGGCAAAGCCAUGGGCUUCGGCGGCGCCAUCAUGCAUGGCCUCUUCACGUACAACAUCGCCGCCCACUCCGUUCUCAAGAAUGUCGGCAAGUCCGAUCCAGCCAACCUUCGCCACUUCUCGGCGAGGUUUCAAGCUCCUGUCAAGCCGGGCGAUAAGCUGGUCACGGAGAUCUGGAGAACUGGUGAGUUUGAGGAUGGGUUUGAGGAGGUUAGGUUUGUUACGAGCGUGGAGAGUGGGAAGGUUGUGUUGAGUAAUGGGAGGGCUUUGGUUAGGACUGGGGGUGAGAGUAAGUUGUGA